AUGCAGGAGAAGAAAUACAAAGAAGCGGCAUUGUUCUAUGAACCAAUUGUGAAUAGAAAAUAUGACGGAGGAAUUUUGGAAAUCCCUGCUAUGGUUCUGGCUAACCUAGUGGUCUGUUACAUCAUGACAAACCAAACCGACGAAGCUGAAUCUAUUCUGAAAACUGUUGAAAACGCGGAAGAGAACGCAUUGAUGUCGAAUCCCAAUGAGAAAUAUUUCCAUAAUUCCAUCAUCAGUUUGGUCAUUGGAAGUUUGUAUUGUAGUAAGGGAAAUUUCGAAUUCGGAAUGUCUCGUGUUGUCAAAGCCCUGGAGCCACCCGAGAAGAAGCUAGGCGUAGACACAUGGUACUAUGCAAAACGAUGCAUUGUGGCUGCGAUCGAAAUGAUGGCCAAGAACAUUUUGGUGAUGAGAGAUUCGGUUGUGAUGGAAGUGAUUCAAUUCUUAAGCAGUUGCGAGAUUCCGGGAAGAAAUAUUUACACAGUCCCGGAUGAUUUAUUCGAGCAAGCUGCCGAAUCCAAAGUGAACUUUGGGCUUAUUUUUCUUUUAUUUGGAUCUCAAAACAUGGGAUCUUCUCCUUCGAAACGAUCGGAUGCUGUGGAGGAUAUUCGGAAGGAAAAACCAGGCCCAGUUGAGAAGUGGGCCGAACACGUGGAUCGCAGCAAACCAGCUGAUGAUCUCGAUUCGAAAGACGAGAUUCCAAAAAAGGGAGGAGGAAAACGACAAGCCAAAGUGGUGCCAACAUCUGACCCAGUUGUUCCAAAAGGAGGAAAACUGAAACUAACGGAAGGAGUUGUACAAGAUUAUAUCAAUAUCGAGAAGGCCAUCAAUCGUUUGGAACGGAAGAAUGUUUUGAAGAAAUUCGAGUCGCAGACGAUUUAUGCAGACAAUUUGAAGAAUACAGUGGAGCAAUUGGAAGCGGUUUUGAAAGAACUGAAGAAGCAGACCGAACGCGAAAGAACGGAUCUGAAAAACAUUGAGCAACCAUCGGUUCGAGACUUUCUCAAACAACAAGGACAAUGGGAUGAUAGAUACUUGAAAGAGAAAUCCGAGUAUGAGGAUGCAAUGGUUCGACAGGAAACCGUCCAGAAGGAGUUAAACAUUGCUCGAGUCAACUAUGAUAAUGCUGUCAAAAUUCAAGAGAUUUAUAAGCAACAAACGGAUAAUUUGAAUGGGUUAUAUGAGGAACAAGAUAAGAUGUUGGAGGCUAUUUUUGGGACGGAUUAUGCGUCAGAGAAAGAGAAUGUUUUGGAGGGAGAGGUAGACGACAUGGUUGAUUGGCAGCAAAGAGUCUCCCUUGCCAUGUUCAAAUGGGCCAAUGGACGAGUCCUUUUGGUUCAUGCUCUGACUCAAUUGACUUUUGGAAUCAACAGAUGGCAAGAUGUUCAGAAAAUUGAGAAGGAAAACGAGCGAGGACGAUAUUUCGCUGCAGCCGAAGCUCGAAACAACUUUGUCGCCGCCGCCCAAAACGUCCAAUCGUGUCGCAUGUACCUGAACAAAGUGGAUUUUCCGUAUGGAACUGAAAAAGAGAUUGCACUUCUAGAGGACACUGUCAACAAAGCCUUCAGAACAGUGGAUAACGAUUCAGAGAUGAAAAAGGCUCUGAAAGUUUUCCAAGAAACUCAACAAAAAGUGGCAUCGCUUAUCCAGUGGUUUGAUAAGGUGAUAAAUGAUACAAUUCGAAAGGAUUUGGAUCAGGCCAACAAUGAAUUGAUCAAGAAGCAGAAGGCGUUGAGGGAGGAGAGAUUGACGUUGAUGAAGAAAUUGGCGAAAGCCCAACUUGACGUCGACAUGAAAAUUGAGUAUGAUGACGUGGCAGAUGAUGAACUGGAGAGAGAACUCAAAGAAUUGGAACGUCAGGCACUUCGAGACGUUGAAAAACUGAAAGAAGCCGAUGUUCAAGGAAUUCUGGAUCUGAGUAAACAAGGAGGAAGCGUGGUGACUCCUCUUAACAAACUGGCUCCCCUUCCAUCGAAAGACGCACUGUUUGGAGACGUCAAACAGAAAUUGGAUGAAUAUGAUGAAACGAGAAAACAAUUUGAACGAAGAAAUAAUUUACAAAGGGAGAAACAAGCGAUGGCGUUACAGGAGAAAUUGAAACUGAGACAACAAAAGAAUCGAAGAAACCGAAAGGAGCGGAGAGAUAGUAUUGGAGCAUCAGCAGUGGACACAACUGGAUCAACUGGGAAG